UCUGUGCCACUCACUGCCGUGAGCCUGCUUCCUCACUCCAGGACUGCCAGAGGAAGCAAUCACCAAAAUGAAGACUGCUUUAAUUUUGCUCAGCAUUUUGGGAAUGGCCUGUGCUUUCUCAAUGAAAAAUUUGCAUCGAAGAGUCAAAAUAGAGGAUUCUGAAGAAAACGGGGUUUUUAAGUACAGGCCACGAUAUUAUCUUUACAAGCACGCCUACUUUUAUCCUCCUUUAAAACGAUUUCCAGUUCAGGGCAGUAGUGACUCAUCCGAAGAAUAUGGAGAUGAUAGUUCAGAAGAGGAGGAGGAAGAAGAGGAGACUUCAAAUGAAGGAGAAAACAAUGAAGAAUCAAAUGAAGAUGAAGACUCUGAGGCUGAGAACACCACACUUUCUGCUACAACACUGGGCUAUGGAGAGGACGCCACACCUGGCACAUGGUAUACAGGGUUAGCUGCAAUCCAGCUUCCCAAGAAGGCUGGGGAUAUAACAAACAAAGCUACAAAAAAGGAGGAAAGUGAUGAAGAAGAAGAGGAGGAAGAGGAAGAAAAUGAAAACGAAGAAAGCGAAGCAGAAGUGGAUGAAAAUGAACAAGGCAUAAACGGCACCAGUACCAACAGCACAGAGGCAGAAAACGGCAACGGCAGCAGCGGCGGAGACAACGAAGAAGGGGAAGAAGAAAGUGUCACUGGAGCCAAUGCAGAAGGCACUACAGCAACCGGAGGGCAGGACAAGGGCAGCUCUAAGACAACAACCUCUCCAAAUGGUGGGUUUGAACCUACAACCCCACCACAAGUCUAUAGAACCACCUCCCCACCUUUUGGGAAAACCACCACCGUUGAAUACGAGGGGGAGUACGAAUACACGGGCACCAAUGAAUACGACAAUGGAUAUGAAGUCUAUGAAAGUGAGAACGGGGAACCUCGUGGGGACAAUUACCGAGCCUACGAGGAUGAGUACAGCUACUUUAAAGGGCAAGGCUACGACAGCUAUGAUGGUCAGAAUUACUACCACCACCAGUGAAGCUCCAGCCUG